GGCAGCACUGUCAUCCAGCGCGAGGCGGUGAUCAGCGAGAAGCACGCAGAGACGAUCGAUGAGGUCGAGCGCAUCUACGAGGUCGAGCGCACCGCCAGCGUCAUCGCCAGCAACUCGUACACAAAGGUCGCGCUGCAGUUUCCCGACGAGCUUCUGGCCGAUUCCACUGCAGUUGCACACGCGUUGACCGCGCGCACCGGAGCAAAGAUGUUCAUCCUGGCAGACACAUCCUACGGCAGCUGCUGUGUCGACGAGGUCGCCUCGGAGCACUACUCGGCCGAGCUGAUCGUGCACUACGGCCGGACAUGUCUCAGCCUGACGACACGCGUUCCAGUGUUCUACGUGUUCGGUAAGGAGCCGGUCGAUAUCGAUCAUCUUGUGGCCGAGGCCGAGAAGCAGCUUGACGGACGGCGCGUGCUGCUGAUGUAUGACGUGCCGUAUGCAUAUAUCGCUAGUGAGAUCACACAGCACCUGGAGGCAGCCAAGCGGUUUGAAUCGGUCACUUGCAGCACAAUCAGCGUCGCUGAUCGACCCUAUCCGGGCCGCUCAUUUGAACUGGAGCCCGGCACAGCCAUCGGCGACUACACCAUCCUGUACAUUGGCGGCGAGAGCCCGACACUGACCAACAUUAUGCUGACGCAGCGUUGCCAGGCUGUGUUCAGCUACGAUCCGCGGGCAACUGCAAUGCGCGAAGAGACGUUCAAGGUCAACAAGCACCUGAACCGGCGGUAUUUUAUGGUGCAAAAGGCCAAGGACGCCGACGUCAUUGGCAUUGUGGUUGGCACGCUUGCGGCAACCCGCUACCUCAGCGUGGUCGAGUCCCUGAAGGCCAUGAUCCGCCGCGCACACAAGAAAUUCUACGUGUUUGUCGUGGGGAAGCUGAAUGUCCCGAAGCUGGCCAACUUUGCCGAGAUCGAGGUGUUUGUGCUGGUUGCGUGCCCCGAGCACAGCCUGGUGGACUCGAAGGAGUUCUAUCGCCCGAUUGUCACGCCCUACGAGCUGCAGCUGGCGCUGUCACAUACCCGUGAGUGGACGGGCGACUAUGUCACAGAGUUCCACGAGUUCCUAGCCCUGGCCGAGGAGGAGGCAAAGAGCGAAGAUGGCGGAGAAUCCGCUGGCGAAGGCGAUUCCGAGCCCCACUUCUCGCUGAUCACCGGAACCCUGCGGCAGAGCAAGCGGUACGACUCCCCGCGGGACACUGCUGCACUGGAGUCUGCAGGCAGCGCUGAUGUUGCGCUGCGCAACCAGAACACCCAGGUUGCCCAGUUUUUGGGCAGCGCUGGUGCCGAGCAUCUGCUCGCCCGGUCGUUCCGCGGGCUGGGACACGAUGACAACGAGGACUUCAGUGUAAACAAGGACGAUCCUGAGCCGAUGUUGGCUGUCGAGGGCCGGAGCGGGAUUGCCCGGGGAUAU